CUCAAAAUAUUUUAUCAUUAUUCUUAUGCCAUAUUAUGAUUCGGAUUUGACACAUUAUAUAACUAAAUGUUUUUUUAAUAUUGAUUGGUAUUAUAAGAUACUUAAAUUGCAAGACAUUAUUUAUGGACUUGCAAAAAUUCAUGAUGUAAAUAUUAUACAUCGAGAUUUACAUAGUGGAAAUAUUCUUUUAGGUAAAUUAUAUUAUGAAUCUCAUUCUGAUGAAAAAGCAAGAAUAUGUGAUUUAGGAACAAGUAAAUCUGCAACUGAAUCAACAGAUUAUGAAGAUGAGAUUUAUGGUAUAAUUCCUUAUGUUGCACCAGAGGUUUUACAAGGAAAAACGUAUACAAAAGCUUCAGAUAUAUAUAGUUUUGGAAUGAUUAUGUGGGAGUUGAUGGUAGGAAGAAGACCUUUUUGGGAUAGAAAUCAUAAUACAGAACUAAUAAUUGAAAUAUGUGACGGUUUACGUCCAUCAAUUAUUACAAAUGCACCUGAAGGUUAUAUUGAUUUAAUGAAAGAAUGCUGGCAUUCUGAUCCAGAAAAAAGACCAACAGCAGCUGAAGUAUCAAAAAAGAUUCAAGAAAUAUGGAGAAUUGAUACAAUAUUUGGAGGAUAUUCAAAAACUAAAAUCAUAAUAUCGUCAGAUAUUGGACCUGUAACAACAAAUAAUCCUGAUGCCAUAUAUAAGAGUAGAUAUUUAAGUGGUAUGAUAAAAUCUGCAGCUUCUACAAGAAGUUUAAGAAGCCAAUCUAUUACUGUAAAACUUGAUCAACUUGAUUUUGACCAAAGAAAUUCUAAUGUUAAAAGAAAGUUUGAAGAUAAUCAAUUUGAAAAUAACUUUAUCAAUGGUACAAGUAAUAAAAAGAUUAAACCAAUUGAAGACAAAAAUAAUGUUUACGCUACAAAAGAACUUGAAUUUGAUAUCGACAUAAAUUCUAGUCAAUCUAAAGAUGAUGGUAAGUUAAAUAUAUGAUUUUUUGAACCCGCUUUGAAUGUCUUAAUUUAUUUAAUUUAUUCCAUAUUAUUAUCAUUAUACAUAUUUGUUAUAUAAUUAUCAUAAGUUAUAGUUUAUCUACAAUAUACUUAUUUAUACUAUAUGACAACAAUAAAAUGGAUAUCGAUA